AUGGUGAAGUUGGGUCUGGCGAUGGUGGUUGGCGUGGCGCCGGCUCUCGUCUCCUGGUGGAGAGGCCAGGGUCCGUGGCUGUCGCUUCCAUUGACCUUACAGAGCCCAUGCUCUGAAAAGUCCAUGAAAUGGCCCCAACGAAGAUCACCUUCUUUAUCCGAUUGCUUGGAAUCCACUAGCGAUGAUGAUUCCUCACGGUCUGUUGUCUGCCACGUGAGGACUAAGGCCAGAGAGUGUAGAGUUAGUCUUACAUUUCUGGUGGUCAUUAUGAUAUCAGCUAUGUCUGAGUCGGGACUGGCGACCCCUGAAAAUUCUGAUGAUGAGAGCGGUGAUGCUUUCACAGAUGGUGAUUUUGGUGAUUCUGAAGACGAGGUUAUUUUUAAUAAGACAAGUGAUACAAAUUCACAGGUCAAUGAGACUGUGAAUACUGGUGUUGUAGAAAAGAAUUGUAGUGAUAAUAUGAAAGAUAUUAGUGAGAAUAGUGCUGCUAUAGAUGGUGAUGAUGAAGUGAUGAAGGAUUUGAGCAGCGGAUCCAUCGUCGGCAUACUAGGAGAUCAGCAGAACCAUGCCGAGCAACGGCUGGCGGCUCGACGAGCGGCUCGGGCGGAGGCUCGGGAGAUACGGAUGAGGGAGUUGGAGAGACAACAGAGAGAACAGGAGGACCAUGCUGAUAAGGCGUACGACAUGUACACCGAGACGGUCGGCCGGCGGGCUGGCAGCCGGCUGGCGGCGCUCAGUCCGAGCGUGCACUCGCCACGACGAAGCUCCGAAGACUCCGAAGACGUGCUCAGCAUCAAGGACCUUAGACACGAGAUGAAAGAGGUGGAGGAAAAGUUUCGUAAGGCGAUGAUCCUGAACGCUCAGCUCGACAACGACAAGGCGGCGCUCGGCUACCAGCUGGAGCUGCUCAAGGACAGGAUCGAGGAGCUGCACGAGGAGUACGCGCAGCUGCAGCGCGAGCACCGCGAAAAAUGUUCCCUCCACGAGCGUCUGAAGAGGGAGCACGCGACCCUGGAGCGGGAGGUGGCGGAGGCGAGGGACGCGGUGCGGGCGCGGGACGGGGCGGCGGCCGCGGCCGGACGGGUGUUCGUGGACGCCAGCGCCGCGCCCGGCGUGCCGUCCGGCGGGGCGUGCGGCGCGGUGCCCUCGCUGGCACUCGUCACCAUCGAGAACCAACAGCUGCUGGACGACGCUGGAGAGGGCACGCUCGACGUGCGACUGUCCCGCCUGGCGGAGUCCCGGUCGUGCCUGGAGGGUGAGGUGCGGCGCCUCAAGCUGCAGCUGUGUGACGAGCGGGCCGCCAGGCAGAACGGGGUGGCGCAGAGCCACGACAGAGACGUGGAUAACGAAUUGGAGUCUCUCCGCAAGGCGUUAUCUGAGGCGAAGGGUCGCGCGGCGAGGGCGGAGGCCGAGGCGGCGCUUCAGGCGGCCGGCGUGGCGCGGCUGGAGGCGCAGCUGGCGAGGAUGAGGGCCCGGCAGGACGACCAGGACGAGCGGGAGGAGGCGCUCAAACAGGAGCGGCGGAGGCUGCAGAGAGAGGCCAGAGAGGCACUGAAUCGGGUCGAGGAAUUGGAGACGGAGAACAGUCACCUCACCAAGAGACUCGACAAACUGAAGAAUGCUAAGUCAGCUCUACUAAAGGACCUGUGA